AAAGUUUCAAACAGCAUGGAGGUAGAAACAUUCAUUUUAACCCCUACAAUACUGAUCCAGCUGGGGUAUUUCCCUUACUCAGCAAAAGCAUACAGUGGAUUGUGUCUGGACUCUCAAGAAUCCUGUGAAGGGAAAGAUCGAGAGAGUGAAGGCAGAGGGAAGAGGGAACAUUCUCCUGGAGAGGAGUCUUACCCCUCUUCAUCACCAAUAUGGUUUGUAGAAUCAGAUGACCCAAACCUGACUUCAGUCUUAGAGCGUUUAGAAGAUAUUAAGAAGAGCAAUACUCUGCUUCUUCAACAGCUGAAGCGAUUAAUAUGUGACCUCUGCAGAUUAUAUAAUCUUCCUCAGCAUCCAGAUGUUGAAAUGUUAGAUCAGCCACUGCCAGCUGGACAGAAUGGAACAACAGAAGAAGUUACAUCAGAGGAGGAGGAAGAAGAAGAUAUGGGUGAAGACAUUGAGGAUCUGGAUCACUAUGAUAUGAAGGAGGAGGAACCAGUUGAUGGGAAGAAGUCUGAGGAUGAAGGCAUCGAAAAAGAAAACCUUGCAAUCUUAGAAAAAAUCAGAAAAAAUCAAAGGCAAGAUCACUUAAAUGGUGCAGUCUCUGGGUCAGUUCAGGCUUCAGAUCGACUUAUGAAAGAACUCAGGGAUAUAUAUAGAUCACAGAGUUAUAAAACAGGGAUAUAUUCAGUGGAACUGGUAAAUGACAGCUUGUAUGAAUGGCAUGUUAAGCUCCUCAAGGUUGACCCUGAUAGCCCACUGCAUAGUGAUCUUCAGUUCUUAAAAGAAAAAGAAGGUGUAGAAUACAUUUUACUCAACUUCUCUUUUAAGGAUAACUUCCCUUUUGAUCCUCCCUUUGUGCGAGUGGUGUCUCCUGUGCUCACAGGAGGGUAUGUCCUAGGUGGAGGUGCAUUAUGCAUGGAACUUCUUACUAAACAGGGCUGGAGCAGUGCCUACUCAAUAGAAUCAGUCAUCAUGCAGAUCAAUGCCACUUUAGUCAAAGGAAAAGCCAGAGUACAGUUUGGAGCCAAUAAGAAUCAAUAUAAUCUAGCAAGAGCACAGCAGUCCUAUAAGUCACUAGUACAAAUCCAUGAGAAAAAUGGUAUGUAUAUUCUUCCAAAGGAAGAUGGCAGCUGA